CAUCCAAAAAAAGGGUGGCCAGAUCAACCAUCAUUUGUGUGCAUGGGUCAGGGACUUGGCGGAGGUACGCUUAUCGGCUCUGCCCUUUCCUUGGCGGCUACUCCAGCCCACCUUACCUUGGCCAAUCACCUCAACAUUAUCGCUACUGGUGCUGGACUGGGACUCGCUGUGGAUUUCACGUCGGACUGCUUCGCUAAAGAAGGAAAAAUUGUGAUUCACCGAGACGUUGUCCUUAACGCGGAUGACGUUUUGAAGCAUGUGUACACUUUCUUCGCACCCUGUCACUCAAAUCGGAUAGCUAAGCUGAUACAUCAAAAACACGAGUGGCUGGUGCUGGAGUCGCACUCAAGAAAAUUUUACACGGUACAGAAGUCUCCCGAAAACGGUAAUGUGAUGAUGAAUGUGCGCAGCUCGUUGCGUUCCGCGAAUGAUGUGGGCCUGAUCGUGGCAGGAAGGCCGACCCAGACCGGGGAAACACGACAACAUCGGAGAGACAUGGAAUUUGACAUCCCUUCCGAUGUGCCGGUUGCGUACAUGAUUGCAUGGCUUCGCAAAGAAGAUCCCCGGUGGGGAUUUUCAACCGAAAAUAGUCGCCAAUUUGUGACCAGAGCUAGGCUAGCAUUGAUCGACUACUAAAAGAAAAAUGGUAAAGAACGAAGGUGACAACGAAUACUGAGUGUAAUCAUAAAGAUGAAUCGUUUCUGUAUUAUUUCUCGAAAUAUUCUUCAAAAAGUUGAAUAGGUUUGAAAGGCGCAUAGUGCGUCACGGUUUACAAUUUGUGUUUGCAUUGCAAUAGUCCCUAACAACAAUAAAA